ACGGUUUUACAACUUCCUGCCCUGCACCAGCCAAUGGAGUCGAGUGAAAUAAGGCAGUGAUAGCGGCUCGACCAACUCAAAUUUAGUGAAGUUUGUUCGGAUAUACUCGGUGCUGACGGAGACCGGUGUCACUUGGUCCGUUGGCGGUUUCUCUCGCGUUUUCUUUUGGACGAGACGUACGAUGGCGCCCAGUCAGCGGUCGAGGAUGCUUAGUAAAGAUGAUGCGAAUUAUAAUAUGCACUUUCGGAUGAUCAACGAGCAACAAGUGGAGGACAUCACUCUUGAUUUCUUCUACAAACCGCACACCAUCACGUUACUGACAUUUACUGUUGUUAGCAUUAUGUACUUUGCGUUUACCAGGGAUGAUGGGGAUUGUGAUAAUAACCUGCGGGUUGGCCUGCUGCUGGUCGUCUCAUUCUUUCUUGUUAUCAGUGUUCUGGCCUUCCCCAACGGUCCUUUCACAAGACCACAUCCCGCUAUAUGGCGUAUGGUUUUUGGUCUCAGUGUCCUUUACUUCCUCUUUCUGGUAUUCCUCAUUUUUCUGAACUGGGAUCAGGUGAAAACACUGUUGUACUGGCUAGACCCCAAUUUGCGUUACGCCACUCGGGAGGCAGAUGUCAUGGAGUAUGCGGUAAAUUGUCAUGUGAUCACAUUGGAGCGCAUCCUCAGUCAUUUUGACAUCUUCGCGUUUGGUCAUUUCUGGGGUUGGGCCAUGAAAGCCCUUCUUAUCCGCAGUUAUGGCCUCUGCUGGUCCAUCAGCAUCACAUGGGAGCUCACAGAGUUGUUUUUCAUGCACCUCCUGCCUAACUUUGCAGAGUGUUGGUGGGAUCAAGUUAUUCUUGACAUUUUAUUGUGCAACGGUGGGGGCAUUUGGCUUGGCAUGACUGUGUGUCACUUUUUGGAGAUGCGUACAUACCACUGGGCCAGUAUCAAGGAUAUCCACACUACCACAGGGAAGCUAAAACGUGCCGUUCUGCAGUUCACUCCAGCCAGCUGGACGUACAUUCGCUGGUUUGACCCCAAGUCUUCGUUUCAGAGGGUGGCUGGAAUCUACCUCUUUAUGAUAGUAUGGCAGCUUACAGAGUUGAACACAUUUUUCCUGAAGCACAUCUUUGUCUUCCAAGCCUCUCAUCCUCUCAGCUGGUGUCGGAUCCUCUUCAUUGGGAUCAUCACUGCCCCCACAGUGCGGCAGUACUACGCAUAUCUCACAGACACACAGUGCAAAAGAGUUGGAACUCAGUGUUGGGUAUUUGGGGCCAUUGCUUUUCUGGAGGCCUUGGCUUGUAUCAAAUUUGGGCAGGAUCUAUUCUCUAAAACACAGGUUCUUUAUGUGCUGCUUUGGCUGUUAUGUUUGGCUUUCAUUACUUUUCUCUGUCUUUAUGGAAUGGUUUGGUAUGAGCAAAACUGUGGCACAAGACUGAAGAACAUCAUGACAGAUGGUGACGACAGCACUUUUGUUGACUGGUGUGAUCGCAUUCCUAAAACUGUCAAAGGUAUAGUACAAUCUGAUUUGUUCUCAGUGAGAAACUCCGGUAGUAAUUCAAGCUCGUCCCGGAAAAGAAAAGGAGCCUCCAGUAAAAACAAAACAGUCAAUGGAACAAGCAUCAAGUGAUCAUGGCUGGAGAAUGUUGAUCUCUCCUUGGACCUAGACAAAGAGAAACAAAACUGUCGUAAGAGGUUGGAAAGAGGUACACCUAUUGCUGGUGGACGACAUUUGGUAAAACGCAGCCCUCUGCCUGAAUAUUGUGUGUCACUGUCGUGAACUUUGUAGAAUGCCAGGUUUACAGCUUAAAACAGUACAGUCAACUUAGAGCCAGCUGAUUAUUUGGAAUGGGCCUUUGAUAAAAUAAAUCCAAUGCUGCCAAGCAUUGCAGCCUUCUGGCACCUUUAUGAUUUCUAGCAACCAAAUAAUUCAACUUAUGUUGUUCCUUUUUAUUAUAACAUUGAUUUCAACAUUGUUUAUGCAGACCAAACCUUCUCUAUAGUUUUUGCACAUUUUAUCUACCUGCCCUACAAUUGAUGUUUUGCUGUUUUUUUGUUGUUGCUAUUUUACAGUUUACACAUUUCUAUGCAUUGAACAGGUUGAAAACCACUGUCAAGCAAUUUAUUGUGGACGUGAACCUUGAAAAAGUAAAAAAAUAAACCUUUCAGUUUAAGCACUUGUUUUAUUGCACUAUAUAAAUGAUCUUGGCACAGAUGUUCCAUUUAGCACAUACAGUGAGGGAAAUAAUUAUUUGAUCCCCUGCUGAUGUUUGCCUGCUUACAAAGAAAUUAAGGAUCUAUCAUUUUUAUGGUAGGUUUAUUUUAACUGAUAGUAACCAAAUAUCAACCAAAAAAUCAGGGGAAAAAAUAAAUGUAUAAUUUAUAAAUUGAUUUGCAUUUCAGUCAGUGAAAUAAGUAUUUGAUCCCCUACCAACUAGCAAGAAUUCUGGCUCCACAGAUUGGUUAUGUGCCUAUAUGGACCACAGAUUAGUCCUGUCACUUUAAGAAAGUACUCCUAAGUCAGUUUGUUAUGUAUAUAAAAGAUGCCUGCCAACAGAAUCUGUAUCUUCCAUUUCAACCUCUCCACCACCAUGGUCCAGACCAAAUAGGUUUUAAAGGAUGUCAGCGACAAGAUUGGAGACCUGCACAAACCUUGAAUAGGCUACAGACAGAAGUUUGGUGAGAAGGAGACAACUGUUGGUGUGAUUAUUUGGAAAUAGAAGAAAUACAAAAUAACUCAAUUGCCCUUGUUCUGGAGCUCCCUGCAAGAUUUCCCCAAUGGAGUAAAGAUGAUCAUGAGAAAGGUUAAAGAUCAGCCCAGAACUACAUGGAAGAAGCUUGUUAAUGAUUUCAAGACAGUUGGGACCACAGUUGGGACCACAGGUAACACGCUAUGCCACAAUAGAUUGAAAUCCUGAAGCACCCGCAAGGUCCUCCUGCCCAAGAACGCCCGCCUGGCUCGUCUAAAGUUUGACAAUGAACAUCAAGAUGAUUCAGAAAAGGCUUUGGAGAAAGUGAUGUGAGACCAAAAUUGACUCCUGUUUUUGGAGGGAGAGAAAUGCUGACUAUGACCCCAAGAACACCAUCCCUACAGAGAAGCACAGUGUUGGAAACAUUAUGCUUUAGGGCUUUUUAUCUCUGCUACGGGUACAGGAUGACUUCACCGCAUUGAGGGGCUGAGGGACGGGCCCAUGUACCGUAAAAUCUUGGACGAGAACCUCCUCCCCUUAACUAGGUCACUGAAGAUGGGUCAUGGAUGAGCCUUUAACAUGACAAAGACGCAAAACAUAUUGCCAAGACAACCAAAUAGUGGCUUAAGGAGAAGCACAUUAAAUGUCCUAGCCAGUCUCUAGACCCUAGUCCUAUAGAACCUCUGUGAAGGAGGCUAAAACUCCAAUUUGCUGAGCGACAGCCAAGAAACCUUAAAGAUUGACAGAGGAGUGGACUAAAUGUAUCCGGACACAUGUGCAAACCUGGUGACCAACUAUCAGAAAUGUCUACCUCUGUGCUUGCCAACAAGGGUUUCUCCACCAAGUACAAAGUUAUUUUUUCUCGGGGAUCAAAUACUUAUUUCACUGACUGAAAUGCAAAUCAAUUUAUAACCUUCAUAUAACAUUUUCCCCCUGAUUUUUUAAAUAUUCUGUCUCUAUCAGUUAAAAUAAACCUACCAUGAACAUUUUAGACCCUUAAUUUCUUUGUAAGCAGGCAAACUUACAAAAUCAGCAGGGGAUCAAAUAAUUAUUUCCCCCUAUAUAUUUUUCAGUCAGAAGAAGAUGCUGAUUCUGGCUUUUUGCAUAAGAGCUGUUGACUCCUUUAUGGUCUUAGCAUCUUUUGCACCCUGUAAAGGAGUUUUCAGAGAUGCUGUUGUAAUGUUUUUCUAUACUUUUUUGUAUUUUGACACCUGUGAUAAGGUUUUAUCAUUCCUAUGAAUGUGCACACCUAGUAAUGAUUUUAGAUUCAUUUUUCACAAAAUGGUUUCUUUGAGUUAUUUAAUUUACAGUAUUUUUACUGAUGUACUUGUAAUUUUUUACAAACCCAAAAAUAUUGAAACAUUGCAAAACUGUUUCAAAGUACUUGUGUGUCUGUUUUUAUAGUCAUGUUUUUUCAUGGCUGUUAGGGUUAGGUGAAAACAAAUCCUGAAUUAAGGUACUACCAAGGUUUUUAAGCUUUUGCUUCAUGUUGAUUUUUUCCCUAACCACUGACUGCAUGUUGUGUGAUGUACAACUUGAAUCUGCCACAGUAUGAACAGUGUUUGUAUAUCUAAUUAUUUUUAAGCCUUUAAUGUGAUUAAUCGGGAAGAAGAAAGUGUGACCUUUUUUUGAUGUUUUGUAUGAAAUCGUUUGAAAAUUGUGUUUUAUAUGAAUAACCACCAAUGUUAUUCUAUUCAGUUUUCACUUUCUUAAUGCACUGAUAUUAUAAAGUUAAAGCUUUCAAAUAAAAUGCGGGUACUAAA